UCUGUUUGGAACCGUAACUUCAAAAAUACCUGUCAAAUUUAACCAGUUUGAAAUAAUUUCGUAGAUUUCAUUAAGAUUUUUGAUGAAAAUUGCAAAAACUAUCGCGGUUUUACCGUGAUUUUCCCAAAAAAUGGAACAGGUACGUCUUUUGGUGCAAGAACAAGGCAGAGAAGCCCGGAAUUUGCUCACGUUUAGCAUCGCAGCCGACGAUAUUCGCAGUAAAAUAUCAAAGAAGCCUCCAUGUUCGCCUAGAGCAUCCGAUUUAUCACCUAGCAAGAGUGGUAACAUGAGAGUUCGUACAGGAGCUAGAGUUAGGUCAGCUUCGACAGGAAGGGACAAAAAAUCUGAACUAAGAGCUAGAUAUUGGGCCCUGUUGUUUGGAAAUUUACAGAGAUCAAUUGCUGAGAUAUACAAUACAGUAGAGACUCAUGAGAGCCUCACUGAAUGUCAAGAGGUUUCUUUGGUUUUAGAAAACUAUUUAAGAGAUUUUUCGGCUUUGGCUGACUGGUUUAGACUUAAAUGGGAAUACGAGAAUACCCCAGUGCCUCAGAGACCAACAUCUCUAGCUUGGGAUGUGUCUAAAACUAACCUAGUUAAACCAAAUAAGUCGGGAAAAUCAAGCCCUAACUUGGGUAGUGGCAGAAACAGUCCUAAUCCUGGCAAAAUUAGUCCUAGACUACAUGCAAACAAAUGCAAGAGUUGUACAUGUAAUUCAUGUCCUUCGAGUCCUUUACCACCAAUUGACCAGACUAUACCUGAAGGUAAGCUUUUUGAGCCCUCUGAGCUUGAUGAUGGUGUAAAAAAUCAAAAUAAAACAGCUUCAAAGGCAGCUAGCAGUCCAGUCAAGCCAAAUGAUAACAAAAACAUAGAGGUAAAUAAACUCGAACAAACUGUUAAGAAGAAGUCUGAAGGGAAACCUAAGGCUAGUGCUGCUUCUAAGGUAGUUCCAAAGGUUAAUUCUGUUGGAAAAAAAGAAAAAAUAGUUUCUGCAAAAGAUAAAAAUGUUGAUUCAAAGAAUAACACAAAGAAAAGCAAUGAGGAUCUUAAAAAUGCUGGGAAACCUAAAAAUAAUGGUAGUCCUGAAGAAAAAUCUACUCCUAUGGUUGUAAAAGAGAAUAUUACAGUUCCUGUAAGUACUGAUGACGGAGAUAAAACAGUUAUUGAGAGAGAAAAAAAUGAUGAUUCGUCUGAAAACAAGAAUUUGUCAGAGUUUGGGUUGAAUUUGACUGAAAAUGUGGCAAAUUUCUUCUCAAGCUGUGCCACAGUGAAAAACAUUGAUUCUCCCAGUGAAGAUCAGAGGACUUAUGAUAUUUUAAGGAAAGUUGAUGUGGAAAGUGCCGAAAAAAGUACCAGUACAGAUGAUUUUCCCAGAUUAGCCCUAAAGCGUCCUCAAGUUGUCAAAGUCAACCAGGAAUGUCAAACCGACCAAGAACAACAACAGGACAAAAAACCUACCGCCCCAUUGCCUAGUAGUAGGUCAAAUAAACCCGAGCCGAGUAGUUUAAAAAGCUCAGUCAUCAGGCCUACCACAGCUUCGACUGUUAAAGCAGUGGUAAAUUCGACAAGACCGGCAUAUUCCACGGCUUUAACUAAGAGUGCUUCGGCAAAAAUCGUACCGCCUAGACCUAAAGUUGACGCGAGAAGUACCGGAAGUAGCGGUACUACUAGAAAUGGUUCGGGAACUUCUGCGGUUCAGAGAACGGUUCAGGGUUUGACAAGGAGUAGAACAGUUAUUCAAGUGACUCCUCCGAAUAUUUCUAAUCAAAAAUCAAGAUUUUCCUUGCCCAAUAAUCCUCAAAAAUCCUCCCCUGUUGCCAAAUCCACUCCGAGGCCUGAAAAACCGGUUAGUGAUAUGAAAUUUUCUAAUUCAAAUUUACGUCCAAAAAUACAUCCACCAUCGGCAAAUCAGAUUCAUCGAAAUAGUACAAACAGUGUUGUUCCUGCGCCUCAGAAAAUGCCCAACGCUCAGAAACAACCUCCCAGAAAACCGUUUUCUCUGAUGCAAAAAAGCAAAACCACUUUGACAAAGGAUAGCUUGACUAAAAGUCUUUCUUUGGACGAGUAUGCUAGUUCUGUAGAGACCUUAGUGCCUCAGGGUCAGUCCAGGGAAAACAUGCACAACAUUACCAAUUCCAGUAACAGUAUUGCCAGCUCCUCUGAAACGAUAAAUAACGACACCAACCAAUCGGAACAUGGGGAUGGUUGGUUUACUGUCAAAGGUAGAAGAUUUAAAAAUGGCAGUGGUAAACAACGAAGAUCUGACACUGCCCUUUCCUGGGCCACUAGAUUCCACCAAGUGAGCGCCACUGCGAGUUUGCCAGCUCUGGCGUUAUUACCGGAAUCUUCCGACACUUCAAAAUCGCCAAAAUCCAUCGAAAAAAGUGUUAAAGAGAACCUGAACAAUUUAAAGUCUCUUAAAAACAACGUGGAGAAAAGUGAGGUUAGGAAAAGCAAUUCGGAACGAGAAUCUUUAGAGAAAAAGGAUUUGAAACAUGGAAAUAUGAGAAGGUCUUACUCAAAUUUGACUAAGAGUAGUUUGAAUAGGAUGCAGGAGAAGAAUAAGGUGAAUUUAAACAUUAAAAAGAAUGCAGAAAGUCAGGAAUUGGAUAUUGAUAUUAGUAAGGAUAUAGACCCGGAUUCAGAAACUGAUGAUGAACAGUCCAAAUUGAAGGACAUGCAAGACGAAUUGGCCACUGAAGAAGAGCACAGGAAGAAAACCAAAGAACUCAAUGAAGAGGAAGACAGAUUACACAAAGAAAUCGAAAAACUUAAGUGCUUGGUUAUCGAAGUGGAUACUGAAACCGACGGUACCGAAACAGAUGGCGACGAAUUACAGGGUGAAAACGAUGAAGACUGUCCCAUUUCUCUUCUGGAUGGAGAUGUAUCUUUGGAAGCUCGAUACGAACCGAUGUUAGCAGGUAUGUCUUGGAGUGAAAGAGUUGACACUUUAGCAGCUUUAGAAGCGAUCAAUGCCAGACAUCCAGGUAGGGCAUUAGAACUACACCAAAAACUCUCCAAUCCUUUGAGAAAAAUGAGUUUGGCUGAAGCAGUAAGGAGGUAUCAAGCAAAACAGGCAAAGGCUCAGAAACGACGCGAAGACUUACAGUGUGAACGCGCUCAGAAAUUACAAGCUUUGUCUACCAGAGUUGAGGAUGUUAAGACUGCUAAGUUGCAGCUGAUUGAAGAGAAAAGACAGAGAAUGGAAUUGAGGUUGCAGAAAGCAGCACAGAACAGAAAAAGACACAUAAAAGGAAUCAUCAAAAAGGCACACGAUGAAGAAGAAAAACUCAAAGAAAUAGCUUUCAUUAAUGAACUAGAAGCCCAGAAUAAGAGACAUGAUUUUCUACAAUCCUGCCGCGAAAGAAGAGGCAGAAUCCAGGGUUUGCAAGAAGACAGAAGAAAGAGACAAGAAGAAAAAGCUGCUAAAGAAGCAGCGGUCGAAGAAAGAAGGAAAGCUUUAGAAAGAGAGCGUUUAGAGAGGCUGGACAGGCUGCAAGAUGAAAGGAGACAGCGAGACGAACGUAUAGGUCAACAGCAACAACAGAGGGAGAGGGAAAGACAGGAACUGGCCAGGGAGAAGGCUAGAGAUAGGGAGGAGAGAUUGUCGGCGUUGCACGAAAAACAACUGGCCUCGACGCAGGAGCUUCAAAAACGCAUCGAACAGAAACAAGAGGACUCGAAACGUCGCCACGAGGAGAACAUGGAACAGAUCAGGCAGAGGGCGUUGGAACUGUCGAUCCACCGGUGUCACAACGACGACAACCAGGCGCCGAACAUGGUACCGUAUCCGCAACAGAAGCUUUGCACCGUGUGCAAUGUGCUCAUUAAAUCUGAGGUGUAUCUGAUGAGCCAUCUGAGGGGACGUUUACAUCAAGAAGCUGUCAAACAGGCGAAUCCAAGUUUUUCGGCUAAUGAAAUAGAACAAUAUAAUUUGAAGCAAAUAGUUGACGCUCCUGACGGUAAAGAAGAUCCUAAAGACAUUGCCGCUAAAGAGAGAGGGAAAUCGUAUAGGAAACGAUGCAAAAAGAUCAGACAGAGGAUGGCAACUAAAGGAGCUGAAUAUGAGACGUCUUACAAGCCUGUGGUGUCUGAUGGAAAUAAUAAGAGGAGUUUGAACAGAAAUAUCAAUACAAUUGGUAGCAUUACGAAUCAAGCUAGCCAGGGUUUAUCUCCUGCUAGUCUUAGCCAGCUUGACAGAAUAUUAAACGAACUGUCAAGAUUAUUAUCCAAAGGAAACGGAAAUGAUAUGCUUAUGUUCCAAAGCGUUGGUGGUUUUAGUGUUUUAGUCAAAUUACUGGCGCUUGGUUUGGACGGGAACGCCUCUAUAACUAUAAAGACUCUAAUAAUUUGCUGCAAUCUUUGGCAAAUCGCUUGCAAAGGUACAGAGGGUGCUCAAAACGCGCAGUAUGUGAUCUUGUCGAAUAAAUUGACACCGGUUAUCGAUUUGUUAAAUCAACGUCUUCAGGAUCUGGAUUGUGAAGAUUCUUUACCUUCUGAUCCUCUGAGCACUGCCCUGAUGCAGCUUUUGGCGGUGGUUUUGAAUAACACUCCCGAAGAUACUCUUGCUUCCAGAGUCCACGAUGUCGUCAGCUUCUCCGUGUGCUCGGGCCUCGUCGACCACCUGGCUCGCUGCUGCCUUUCCAUCCGCCAGCCCGUCCACGACCAGCCGCCCGCCUGCGCCUUCCUCCUGGCCGCCCUCCGGUUCCCCGCCGCCCUUGCCGCCCGCUGUCCGGAGGAGGGCACCGCGGGAGGUGACCCCACGCACCUCGUGGCCACCCUCCACGGUACCGAGCUCCUGGGUUGCGUGUCGAUGCUGUACGGGUCGCUGUUGCCGCCCGAGGCCACGGCGGCGAGGGGGGAAGGACUGGCGCCGCCGCCCUUGCCGGGUGCGGGCGUCAGUUUGGCGUUGGAGACGUUCCGGUUGUUGAGGAGGGUGGCCGAGGUGGAUUUGGGCAAGUUCCAGGAAGUGUUGGGUGCUGAAGGUAUCUCACUACAGUUUCGUCACAUUAGCGGUCAUCUGAUAUGGUGCUGUGCUAGUCCAACCGUGCCUAAAAUCAACGGCAAAGAAGACACUGCCAUGUUAGCUGCCCUUCAGGAGCUUCUCCAUGAAGUUGUGUCCGUAACAGGGUUCUUUGCAGUGGGCAAUGUUGAAAAUCAGAUGCUGCUAGUUAGCGGCCAAUCUCCCUCCGUCCUCCAGCAGCUGUGUUCGCUGCCCUUCCCCUACUUCUCCGUAGACCAACUGUCCAGCGUGCUCUACCCCACCCUGCUGGCCUGCUGCGCCGACAACGAACACACCACCGCCAUCCUGAAGCAGGAACUGUCGUACGACCUUCUCGAAGAAUUUAGGAAAUCAGAAAACGGUAAGAAACUUCGAUUGAUCCAAUUGUUGGAGGUCCAAACAGCUAAGAAGUCCAAAACUACAUAGUGCAAUUCUGAUUUUGUGAGAUUUUGUAACAAUAAUACGGACACUUUGUUUAUAGUAGAAUGUUCACUAUUAUUAUAUUAUGAUAGAGAAAAACUACUAAUAUUGUAAUAAACCAAAAAAUUAAACCGACUAAUUGAGACACUUUGUUUUUGAAACUGGACGUAUGACAUAACCUGUACGACACGGUUGCCAGAUGUCGCUGUCGGUGAAUAAUGUGAUCGGACUCGAGAAAAUAUAAAUUAUUUUUUAUACACGAAACACGGAUAUAAUAUUAGCUGUAGUUAUAUAUCUAGUAUAUUUAUUAUAUUAUUAUAGGAUAGUUAGAUUUUUUGGCAUUUGUAAUUUAAGAAUUUACACGGAAUAAAGAAUACUGUUUUUUGAAA